CCAUGGAGAUUCCAACUUCAUUAUUAAUCCCAAUCCUUACAACCCUUCUUCUCAUUCUCCCUUCAAUGGCGGCGGCUUCUCAUCACACCCUUCUCAGCUGCCUUUCCGACCAUUCUUCGCCAUCAGCUUCCCCAAUCUCUGAAGUUACCUUCUUCCCCGACAACCCAUCUUACUCCCCUGUCUUGAACUCUUACAUCCGGAAUCUAAGGUUCGCCUCCCCCACUACCCCUAAGCCCUUGUUCAUCGUCGCCCCGACCCAUGUCUCCCACAUUCAAGCCUCCAUUCUCUGUUGCAGAAUCCACGCCCUAGAACUCAGAAUCCGAAGUGGUGGCCAUGAUUACGACGGCCUCUCUUAUGUCUCCGAUUCCCCUUUUGUGAUCCUCGAUAUGUUCAAUCUUCGAUCUGUAGCUGUCGACAUUGAGGACGGGAGUGCGUGGGUGGACUCGGGAGCAACCCUGGGCGAAGUUUACUUCAAAAUUGCAGAGAAGAGCAAGAUCCACGGAUUCCCAGCUGGGGUUUGCCCCACGGUUGGAGUUGGAGGCCAUCUCAGCGGCGCCGGGUACGGUAAUUUGAUGAGGAAAUUUGGGGUUUCUGUGGACAAUGUAGUUGAUGCUCUGAUUGUUGAUUCUAAUGGUAGGGUUUUAGAUAGGGAAUCGAUGGGGGAAGAUCUGUUUUGGGCAAUUAGAGGAGGAGGUGGAGCUAGUUUUGGUGUCAUAGUUUCAUGGAAGUUUAAGCUUGUUCCUUUACCUGAAACUGUCUCCGUUUUUAGAAUGGAGAAAACCAUGGAGGAAGGUGCUGUAGAUAUGUUGUACAAAUGGCAGGAAGUUGCUGACAAAAUUGAUGAAAAUCUGUUCAUAAGAGUGGUGAUUCUUCCUGUAAAUAAAAAAACCCAAAAGACAGCAAAAGCCAAGUUCAUCUCCUUGUUCCUAGGAAGUGCCCAGAAGCUGUUUUCCUUAAUGUCUGAAACACUUCCAGAAUUGGGUGUGAAGGCCGAGGAUUGUCUAGAAAUGAGCUGGAUCGAGUCUGUUCUGUUCUGGUCCAACUACCCCACUGGGACUCCUCUAAAUGUCUUGCUCGAAAGGCAACCCAACUCCGAAAAGUUCUUGAAGAAGAAAUCGGACUACGUUCAAGAGCCAAUCUCCAAGGCAGAUCUGGAAGGAAUGAUGAGGAAAAUGAUGGAACUGAAAAGACCAGCGCUGACCUUCAACCCAUACGGUGGGAAAAUGAGUGAAAUUGCAGAGAGCGAAACCCCAUUUCCGCACAGAGCAGGGAACAGAUACAAAAUACAGUACUCAGUGACAUGGAAAGAAGAAGGCGAGGAGGCUGCAGACAAGAACGUGGGGCUGAUCAGAGAGCUUUACGAGUACAUGACACCCCAUGUUUCAAAAUCGCCUAGAAGUGCAUAUUUGAACUACAGAGACGUGGAUUUGGGCGUGAAUGGAAACGGCAACGCAAGCUAUUGGGAGGCGAGCCACUGGGGAAGAAAGUAUUUCAAGGGAAACUUCGACAGAUUGGUGGAGGUGAAGACCAUGGUGGAUCCGGGCAACUUCUUCAGAUAUGAACAGAGCAUUCCAUCUGCUGCAGCAUAUGAUUGUAAUGGCAGAGCUGAGAGGCUUUGAUGUGUGAAUAUCUGCUUGGCUGAGUGAUCCAUCUUCUACUACACUAAAAUGCAAAAACGUCCCUUUUCCGUUAUUCUGGGGUUCGUUCUCGUAUUAUAUCUGGGAUUUGAGCAAUUAAGCUUAAUUGUCCCACUAAUUACUGUUAAUUGUGUUGGUAACUAGAUAUUGUAAGUUUGUUUCAAAUAUCCGACAACUAGAUUACCGUUGGUUUCUUGAAAUAAUAUUGCCUGUGAACAGUUAAAACCCUA